CUGGCCAAGAUGGCGGAAGCCGCAGAGUCUCCGGGACACCCGGAUCCAGCCUCGCCUAGGCCCCUGUUUGCAGGCCUUUCAGAUAUAUCCAUCUCACAAGACAUCCCCGUGGAAGGCGACAUCACCAUUCCCAUGAGAUCUCACAUUCGGGAGUUUGACAGCUCCACGUUAAAUGAAUCUGUUCAAAAUACCAUUAUGCGUGAUCUCAAAGCUGUUGGAAAAAAAUUCAUGCAUGUUUUGUACCCAAGGAAAAGUAAUGCUCUAUUGAGAGAUUGGGAUUUAUGGGGUCCUUUGAUCCUUUGUGUGACACUUGCAUUAAUGCUUCAAAGAGGCUCUGUUGAUAGUGAAAAAGAUGGAGGUCCCCAGUUUGCAGAAGUUUUUGUCAUUGUUUGCUUUGGUGCAGUUAUCAUUACCCUCAACUCAAAACUCCUUGGAGGAAACAUAUCUUUUUUUCAGAGCCUCUGUGUACUGGGUUACUGUAUACUUCCCCUGACAGUGUCAAUGGUGAUUUGCCGAGUGGUACUUUUGGCUGAGCCAGGACCAAUAAACUUCAUGAUCCGACUUUUUGUGGUGAUCGUGAUGUUUUGCUGGUCUAUAGUAGCCUCUACAGCUUUUCUUGCUGAUAGUCAACCUCCAAAUCGAAAAGUUCUUGCUGUUUAUCCUAUUUUCUUGUUCUAUUUUGUCAUCAGUUGGAUCAUUCUCACCUUCACCCCUCAAUAAAUCAGGAAAUGGAAAUGAAAACCUAGUGAAUUGAAAAUUCAUCUGAAAGAUAAAAUUGGUCACGGAGCUUUACCGUUAGCAUUCUUUUGUCUAAUUUUGGAAAGUUUUGAUAACUGUUUAUGUGAGCCAUUAAACCAUUGCAUCUUAAAUAA